GGUGGUGGUACGAGGAAGAGGAUGGGGCGGGGGAAGACGCAGAUGAAGCUGAUAGAGGACCGGACGAGCCGGCGGGUGGCCUUCUCCAAGCGCCGCAGCGGCUUGCACAGGAAGGCUUUCCAGCUCUCCGUGCUCUGCGAUGCCGAGGUCGCCCUCAUCGUCUUCUCCCCAGGCGGCAGGCUCUACGAGUUUGCCAACGCCGGCAUGCAGAAUACAAUUGGACGUUAUAAUGAGACAAACACAAAGGAUAGUACUAGCAACCAGGUACAUCAAGAUAUAGAGAAAAUAAAAGCUGAUGCAGAGGCCUUGUCAAAGAAGCUCGAUGCUCUUGAAGCAUACAAAAGGAAAAUUUUGGGUUCUAAUUUAGAAGAAUGCUCUAUUGAAGAACUGCAAAGCAUAGAGGACAGAACUGAAAAAAGCCUUCUUAGCAUCAGAACAAUGAAGGCUCGGCGGUUGGAAGAGCAGCUCGCUAAGCUGAGGCAGAAUGUGGUGAAGUUGAGCCACCACAAACAAGAACUAUAUUUCCAGUACCAGAAGGAGCACCACCUUGCGAUGGCGGCGGCAGCCUCUGCUAUGGCAACCUUCCCAGACGACGAUGACCACCACGACGUCAUGGAUGUGGAGACGGAGCUAUUUCUUGGAUUGCCUGGCUCAAGUCGUUCAUAA